AUGGGCUCAUGGGAUCUGGAUGCGGGAGAUCAGAAAUCCUUCGAGCUGGGGAAACAUGUGGAAGAUAUCGAUGAUGCAGUUCUCCAAGCCCAGGGCCAUGUCGCUGAGCUCGACCGAUCUUUCUCAUGGGUUGGUGCCAUUGGUCUAGCUUACAGUAUCGUCAAUAGUUGGCUUACUUAUGCAUGUUCCUUUGGAAUGGUGCUUGCUUAUGGUGGCGGACAGACCGCUGUGUUUGGGCUGAUGGUGGCUGCAGUCGUGCAGUGGAUUGUUCUUUUGGGGCUUGCUGAAUUGGUUUCCGCCUUCCCAUCUUCUGGUGGAGAAUAUCAUUUUACCUACAUUGUUGCCCCUAAGCGAACUCAGAAUUUCGCCGGCUACAUUGUUGGAAUUCUGAACAUCGUAGCCUGGUGGGUGAACACCGCCUCAGGAACUAUUUUCACGGCCAUAUCAGCUUUCGGAAUUGCCAAGUUCUGGCACCCUGACUUCGCUGGGACACAAUGGCAGGUGUAUCUCUGCUAUGUCCUAGUCAUUAUUUUGACUUUAAUUCCUAUCUUUACCAUUCCUCAAAGAAAGAUCGACCGGCUUACAAAAACAGCGAUGGGUCUGUCAUUCAUUGGGUUUUUCAUUGUUACUAUCAUAUCACUGGUCAUGGGACGCGGUCACUACCGUGCUUCUAACAUCACCGAGUAUCGCGGAUCUAGUGGAUGGAGCCCUGGACCUGCUUGGUUGUUGAGUAUCGGACUUGGAGAGUACUGCUUCGUCGGAAUUAGUGCAUGUACCCACAUCGCUGAAGAGAUGCCUCGACCAGGAAAGAAGCUGCCUCAGGUGAUAAACAUGACUGUCGUCAUUGGAAUCCUGACUGCAGUGCCGUGGGUCAUAGUCAUGGUGACUGUGAUUCGAGAUAUGGAGGCCGUUCAGAAAGCGUUUCUACCCAGUCUGGAGGUCUUCUAUCAGGCAACUGGAAGUAAAGCGGUUGCAACCUUCAUGCAAUCUUAUUUGACACUACUUUACUAUUCCUGUGUUCCAAGCCAAUGGAUUACGUCCAGUCGAAUAGCGUGGGCAUUCUCCCGAGAUAACGGGCUGCCCUUCUCCAACUACUGGAAACAUAUCGAUCCCGUUCGCAAAAUUCCAGUCCGCACGACCCUUCUAGCUGCCGGGUUCUGUGCCAUCUAUGGCUUGUUGUACAUCGCCUCGACAGCUGCGUUCAAUUCCAUUGUCAACGCUGCGAUUCUAAUGCUCAAUAUCACAUACACCGUUCCUCAAGGGAUUCUUUUGACUUGCGGCCGUCAUAGGCUGGCCAAAAGACCGUUCAAUCUCGGCCCUGUGCUCGGGUACGCUGUGAAUGCUUUCUCCGUCGUAUGGUUGAUCAUCAGCGGAGUUAUAUUUUGCUUCCCUUCGACGCAGCCCACGACGGUGGGAAGUAUGAAUUAUAAUGCCGUGGUUAUCGUGGGAAUCUUUACAUUGAUUAUGCUACUGUGGAUUGAGAGAAGGAGGAAGUUCCAAGGACCAAAUAUUGAUUGGGAGGCUUUGAAUGCAAGCAACUCUAUGUAG